AUGGAUUUCCUCAGCUUUGCCGUCAACUUUCUCGUCGACGAGAUGAGUGCCGACUCGGAGGCCACCGCCCCCGUCGCGGGCCCGGCAACGGCGGCGGCGGCGGCGGCCUUCGGCCGCGACAUGGACGGUCCAAUCGUCCUCGUCGUCGACGACGACGAUGACGACGACGACCUCGAGUCGGUAAUCGGAACCGGAGGAGAGGUGCACGAGGACGACGUGGGUGGGGGGGAGGACGGGGCCAGCGCUUGGAGCAAGGCCGGCGAUGGGGAAGCGUGGCGGUGGGAGGCGGCGGCGGAGGAGGAGGAGAAAGAGGAGAAAGAGGAGGAGGAAGAAGGCGACGGCGGAGUGGCGGUGCCCGAUUGCCGGCGAUACUCGCAGCAGGAGGAGGACCGGCGGUUCUGGGAGAGCUGCUUGGCCUCUGGGUAUCCGUGA